AUGAUUGGGUCGUUGAUGUACCUCACCACAAGUCGACUGAAUAUUUUCUUUGCAACAAGUUUAUGUGCUCGGUACCAAGCUGACCCUAAAGUAUCUCACUUGACUGCAGUUAAGCCAAUUCUCAGAUAUCUAAAGGGAAGUAAAGCAUUAGGCCUCUGGUACCCUGCGGGAAAUGGCUUCAACCUUCAAGCGUUCACAACUGCGGAUCAUGCUGGAUGCAAAUUAGAUCGUAAAAUUACUUCAGGUGGAUGCCAAUUCUUAGGAGGAAGACUAGUCAGCUGGUCUUCAAGGAAGCAAAAUUAUGUCUCGUUGUCUACCGCAGAGGCAGAAUAUGUGGCCGCUGCCAACUGUUGUUCCUAA